CCACCUUUGUUUCGUUAUGAAAUAUUUUUAUUUAAAUUUCACAGUAAGAAAUAAGGUAAAUUUAAAUUAACGAACUUUAUAAUUUAGUAAUUGAGAUGUUUUCUGUUAUGACGGGUUGGAAUACCUGUGUUUUGUUUGGAUAGGUGUCGCAACGGGCAGGUGAAGAGCGUCUUGGAGUGAAAUGAAUAUUUUUGUGUUCAGUUAGUGGGAAUAGAGUGCGGCUAAAAUAUGGGGCUGCAGAAAAGACAUAGUCAGUUUAGUGAUACGAAAUACAAGUGGAGGACCGUGGUGGUGUUGCUGUGUUUUUGUGUGGGGUGGUGUAGUGGACAGGAGUUGAUAGACGUGGACCCUUACUUGCUGAACAAGAGUGUAGGGUUGACGGAGUUGGAUGGGGGCGUUUUGGCUGGAGGUCAGACUGUGUGGAAAUCUUCAGGGAGUCCUUACUUACUAAGGGAUGAUCUGCUGAUAGAACGAGAUGCGGAGCUGGUAGUGCAGCCAGGAGUGGUGGUGCGAUUCGCUCCCAUGAUCGGCAUCACCGUGCGAGGGAAGCUAAUCGCCGUGGGAGACCAUCACAAUAAGAUCACAUUCACAAGUACAGAAGAGCCAGUGCAGUCUGCGAAACCGAUCCCUGAUAUUCGUCUCGUAGAUGGACCUUCGAUCUUGGCUGGACGGGUCCAAUUACUUCACCGGGGACAGUGGAGAUCUGUCUGCACUAAUUCUAGAAAUUGGACCAUUAACGACAUGGAAACUGCGUGUAGACAACUUGGCUUCAUGGGAGGGUCCUUUUACAACUGGAUGGAUCGCCAGUCAGGCCGUCGUGCACGACUACUUUAUGAGGAACCCAAGUGUAAAGGAACAGAGUACGACGUGUUUCAGUGCGACUGGGAUUCCAGGCAACUUGGUUCAGGCGUAUGCGACUAUCACCCAGAUUUAGGCAUCCAAUGCUCCCCACACCACGACUCAAGAAUCACAGAACGACACUGGAGGGGAAUACGAUACGAAAACUCCGUAUAUGAACGAGUACUCACCGCAACUAACACGUUAUACGUACCUACAUCCAUGUCGCGCUUGGAACACAUCGUCAUAAAAAACGCGGGCCUGGGAAGAGAUAACAACGCUACAAGUGCCCUAGACGUCAUUGGCGUACCGCCAGUUAUGGAAGACAUAGAGAUAACCAACUCAGCGUUCAACGCUAUAAAUGUGACAUCACCGAACGCUCCUAUAGUUAUCAACAAUUGCACUAUACAAAAUAACAGAGGUUACGGUGUCUAUGUGAAUUCUACGUACGGCAUGACCAGGAUAGAGAAUUGCUUGAUUCAUGAUAACGGCGGCGACGGGGUUAAGUACGUCGUGCACGAGUUAAACAUCGACGAGAAUUUAGACAGACGCGACAUUUUCGAUCUCUGCACUCUCGCUUCUACCCCUAGUCAGACGUUCCCUAUCCAAAUGUCUAUAGAACAAUCAAGGUAUUCCAAUAUGGAGAGAGAUUGCAACCAAAAAUUUUAUACGAGAUCUGAUCACGUUCUCACAUUGAAUUUUCUAAAACUAUUAACCAACCAGAACGAUACUGGAGAAAUGUUUAUCUACGAUGGCCUAACUGCAAAUGACAAAUUAUUAAUGCACUUUAGUAUACGAAACCUCACAAGACCGCAAAGUGUUACAUCUACAAGAAGUAGAAUGUACGUGAGGUUCCGAGCGAACACUAGAACGGAUAUAACAGGAUUUCUGCGAUUAACGUCAGGGGUCAGCAAGACCUAUGAUUUGAACGUAACUGAUACAAUUAUUUCGGAUAACAAUGGUCGAGGAGUAGUGAUUGAAAACUUGAGAUCGCAAAUUCAUAUCCAUCGAACUUCUAUUUCAAAUAACAAUCAUGUUGCUGGAUUGCAAGUUGUCAAUGGAGCCGGAGAUGUAAAUGUUACUGAAAGUAGAAUAUCGUUUAACCAAGGCGAUGGUAUUAAUGUCACCGUGACAGGAGGUAACAGGAAUAUUUCCAGAAGUAUUAUCAGCUCGAAUCAAGGUUAUGGAAUUGCUGUUUGGAUAAACAACACUCAAGAAACGGAAUACAUUCCUGUGAAUCAAACUACAGUUGUUGAAUAUUCAGAAAUAUUUAAAAAUUUGGAAGUGGGCAUUUUGCAUGGAAAUUAUUGUGGUGACAGCUGGGUAAACAUUACUGGAAAUUGGUUUAACGCGAGCAUUGAGAGCACAAUAGACAUAUCAACAUGUUGGAGACUAAGUCCGUCAAAAUUGCUUAAUUUACAAAUAGGCCACAAUAGGUUUUAUGACAAUCAGAAAGUGCCCUUGAAAAUUCAGCCUGCUUUAAAUGUAAAUGGGUGCAUAGAAUACAAUUAUUUUGAACGUGGUAAUUAUGGUGCGAUAGUCAUACUGAAUCGAAUAGAAGGAAGGUACCUGGAAGAGUUUGAAAUACUACCGGCAAGAUUUAAUAUACAACACAAUUAUUUCUACGGAAACAAAGGACCGUUCGUUGUCAAUCUUGGCUUAUCAACUUACAGUCAUCGUCAUUAUAUACUAUUUUCUAGGAACUAUCUCCGCGAUAAUAAAAUAAGAGAACCGUUUGAACUGAUGGACGGCGUACCGACAAAACUGACUCCAAGGAGUAGAGUUGCAGCGACAAUAGUUUUGUCAUCGGCCAAUAUCGACGUUUUUAGGAAUAUAAUCAGCAACCCAGAAGCUCAGUACGAAAUUGGGUCUCAUGUUGAAGAUCAAAGCAAGAUUCUAAACUGCACGUACAAUUGGCUCGGUUUUGGAGAAGAAGACAAAGUUUACAACAGACUUUUUCAUCGUAAAGAUAGGUUUAAUUUGGCCAAAAUCGUUUACACACCAUACUUAUUACAUAGUAGUAAUCCUGGAGCAACUCAAGCAAAUAUUCAUUCUCUAUUUGUACCUCAGUUUAACAUACCAGGAACUUUUGUUGUUGGAGGUGAAGUGGAAGGUAUUGAAAGUCUAAAACCAGGAGAAUAUGAUGUUGAUAAAGACAUUAAUAUUCGUCCAGGUGGCAAACUAAUUUUGCAACCGGGCGUCACAUUAAGAUUCCCUUCGUCAAUAGGAAUGAUGAUAGCAGGAAAGCUAGACGCAAGAGGGAAACGACCAAAUGACAUAACUUUGACUUUAAAAGAGGAAAUAGUCAUGACUAAUGACAGUUUUUAUGAGACUGACGCUGAACUAGAACCAUCAACUCAAAGAUAUGUGGAUCUAAACGUUCCUGUAAGACUAUUAGGUGGAAGAACUCCUCACGAAGGUAGAUUACAAGUAAUGUUAGAUGGAAAAUGGGGAACAGUUUGUAAUUAUAAUUGGAACAUAGUAAAUGCUGCUCUAGUUUGUCACCAACUUGGCCUGACGUUGAACCCAGACGAUUGGUAUCUAGAACCUAAUGAAAUUCCAUCAGCUGGUAUGACAGAGGAUAUUCUUUUAUCCAAUGUUGAAUGUAAUGAAUUCGAUAAAGAUAUUACAAAGUGUAAAGCAGAAACAAUUGACAGCUUUGAAAACUCUUGCACUCAUGACAAUGAUGUUGGGAUUAGAUGCUAUGAAACUAGUUGGGCUGGAUUGCGCUUUAGUGCUAUAUCUGAAAGAACAGACUUACAAUACGUCACUGUAGAAAAAGCAGGAUUAUUAGAUUAUUCAUCUAAUACAUUCAAACCCGCACUUCAAAUAGAUUUUGCUCGACAUAGUUUAGAAAGUGUGAAAGUAUCAAACAACUACCACGAUGGUUUGGGCAUUCUUUAUUCAGAUCUGUAUGGAGCCGAUGCAGUAAAUACAGUUCGUAAUUCAGAAUUUAGUAAUAACAAAGGCGCAGGAAUAAGUUUUAAACAACUAGGAUUAAAAGUGUAUGGUUCUGUAAUAGAGAACAAUGAAAUGGCAGGAAUUUCUCACAAUCCUCAUCUAACUGGACAUAAGCAAAGAGAACUUGCAGGUUGGUUCAAUUUAGAACCAGGUUUCAACAUGGAUGAGUCAAACUACCAUCCUAUAAUAGUACCUGAAUACGCAACAGAUAUAAGUUUAGCAAACGGAGAAACAAGGUACAUUGUAUUUUCAAAACAACUUGGUGAAAAUAUUGUGAAAACUUAUAACAUUAAGUGCAAUCCAGGCUAUGUUCUUGGACUUCAACUGCUCAAUCCGAUACACAAUUUCUCAACAGAAAGCAUCUGUAUAUACGAUUCGCAAAAUAUAAAUGAAGGAAGCACAAAAUGGUGUCUUGAUCGAGACUUGGCAACGUUCCCUACUACAAGUAACACAUUCGGUGUCGUAGUAUCUUAUGAAAGUGGGCAUAACGCAUUAGGAGGUGUGGUUUUAGUUGUCAGCUCAAUUACUGCUCCAGUUCAAAAUAUAAGAAACAGAAUCGUUAAAGGUCCAAUACCAACGUUACAAGUCGUGAACUCUAAAAUAAAAGGAAACACAAAAGGAGUUCAAGCAUUAUAUUACAAUAGAUAUUUAAACGAACUCGGAGACCACUUCUUAAGAAAAGCUAACGAAAGUAUCAAAAUAGUCAAUUGCGAGAUAGCUCAUAAUAAGGAAGAAGCUAUUUAUGUUAAUACGCCUUUCUGGGAUAUAUAUGACAGCAACAUUACUGAAAUCACUAUUAUGGUGAACAGCAGUUUAAUCACUGACAACGGACGAGGUAUUUAUCACUUUGCUAGAGAUUUGAGGAGUUCCAACAAUUUGUAUCAUUACGUUCUACAAGACAAUACGAUAGAGAGAAAUCAAAAUGGUGGAUUUGAUAUUAGUUUGCCGUACGUUUGGCAAUACAAUGAGAAUUUCACUCAUUCUGUAUUUAUGCACAACAAUACUUGGCGACAUAAUCAAAAUUUCGGGCUAGUCAUUGACGGUCACUUCGCCGCAGUCAAUAUUACCAAAAAUAUAUUUACGGAUAACAGCUGUAAGACAGGUUUAGUUUCUAUUAAAGGUAUGGAGAAGAGAAUGAAGGUGGAUGGUAAUUAUAUUGAAAGGAACAAUGGCCAGCACAUGGUUGAGUUCUUUAUGGAUAGUCAUAGUGAGAUAAUGGGACUUAUUUACGCAGUCUUUGUAUAUAACCAAGUGAAAAAUAACAAGUAUAUUGCUCAGAUGAACCGUGGAGCUUUCUACAGAAUUGAUGAUCCUACGUAUGUAAUAGGAUUCAAGGGAAUUCAGAAAGUCAAAGUUAGUAGAAAUCUAUUCGGAAAUAAUGCGUUACAAUAUACUUUGCUGGCUGGAAUCAAAACUGCUAAGAUAGAAAAUCUUUUAGAUGUUAGCGAAAACUGGUGGGGCACUGCUGAUGAAAAAGAAAUCAAGAAACAAAUAUUUGAUUUCGACGACUGGAACAAUCACGCCAUAGCUUCGUAUUUACCUUACUUGCUAGAUGACCAUUUCGAUUCAAGUGUGUCUGCUUCAUUUAGCUCGGAAUUAGCAAUGGACACAAACGAUCUUGGUGGACGAUUGAAACACGAUCUAAUUAUAGAAUCUCGUAUAGCACCUUACUUCGUGAAAGCCGAUAUCACCGUAAUGCCUAAUGUUACUCUUCACAUUAAUCCAGGAGUUGUGAUGGAAUUCGCUCCAAAUGUUGGUAUUUUAGUCAUGGGUAAUCUUCAAGCCAGAGGCCACGGCCAACUCCCCAUUGUUAUGAGACCUAUGACACUACCAGCAAAUGUAGAAGUCAAUCGCAUCCAAAAAAGAGAAAUAGGUCAAUAUCAUGGUGAUCAUCACAAAAAUAAACGACAAUUAGAAAAUUUACAAGUACGAGAAUCUAUUCGACUUUGUUCAGGAAGAAAUUGUUCUAUUAGUGACACUAUUAUUGAAAAAACUAAUGAAGGUUUCUUGGAGUAUUACAACAAGACCACUUUACAAUGGGUCCCUAUGUGUGACAAUCGCUUUACGGAAAGAAACGCUCAAGUUGUAUGUCGAGAAUUGGGCUUUGAUCCUAUAAACAUAUUCUUCGCUUACGAUCUUCGUGUGGAAUACCACAGUAACUCUCUGUCAAGAAUCUGGUCCUGGCCGGAGCCUCUGCAAUGUGUCGGCACCGAAAAUCGUUAUGAAGACUGCCCAAUUCGCCUGAACGGUCAACUUUACGGGCAUAGACAUGAAUGUAAAUGGAACUCUAAAUUCGUGUUCGUUAACUGUGGAACGAGAAACUUAGAGGAAAACCUUGAUUACUGGGGUGGAAUACGGUUCACAAAUCCAGAAUUUGAAUAUUCCUUGUACGAACAUAGAAUUCACGAUCACCACACGCAUGAUACUAUGAAGAAAACGGAAAGUGUUUUGGAGUACGUGCAAAUUAUUGGCGCAGGAAUGUUACACAAUGAGAAGUCACCAGCGGUUCAGAGUAUAGUCAAAAAUCCUCGAAUUCAAAACGUUAACAUCAGCAAAUGUGCUUAUCAUGGAAUUAACUUAAUAUCCCCCACAGAUACAAUUAGUAUGAUGUUCAAUUCAGUGAACGAUGUACUUGGAGAAGGAUUAAACGCGAUAUCCCUGACCGGAGAAGGUAGGGAAUCAGACGAAUCCAGUUUCACACCACUUAAAGACCUGAAUCUUCCGUACCACAUGUUCUCUCUUAUCGAUAUCUGUGAUAGUAGUAAGGUGGUCACAGUUGAAGAGAGAGUGUUGCUGUACUACAAAUACGACAAUAGUCCUUUAAAUUGCGUGAAGAUCUUCAAGAGUAUGUACAGAGUAAAACCUUUUGGAUUCAGAUUGCUCCAAUUCAAUCUUUUUAAUCACACAAUUAAUUAUGGAAAACGUGAUUCCUUGUCACUGUACGAUGGAGAUAUCUACAAUGUUACGUCACCUAUAAUUGGUUACUUGGAGCAUGGUUCCCCGGACGAGAAGAAGCUGUUCAAAACUGUUGGCCCGAGUUUGAGCGUGAAGUUGUUUGCCAAUGGAGCAUCUGCUGUACACGGAUUCAUCGCUGAGAUCGUCACGUUGCCUAUAUCUGCAAUUGGAUUCAAUCGCGACUUCCAGCACAAUAUAUCAAAUAGUGAGUUCAUAAAGAACCGCGACGGCGCGAUCACGUACCUAUCUGUCGGAGAAGUGAAUCCCCUGGUAGCCAUCAUCAGAAACGAGAUCGAAGGCAACUGCCUCAAGCUGUAUGGCAAUUUCACCACUUGUCAGGCUGCUGUGAAAAUUGAUGUGCAAAAUACACAAACCUUGGUGUUCAGGAACAAUUUAGUGCGUAACAAUGUUGGAGGUUUGUACGUUAGAGCAGACUCACGUGGAUCAGCUACUUCACUUCGAGGAUGGAUUCACAACAACCUGUUCUACGCUAAUCAUGAUCUACCCUGUCUUAAAGUUGAAGGUCGUCAAUCCUCCCCCUACCAAGAAGUGACAAUAUACCGCAACUACUUCACCCGUCAUAGAGCUCUCUACACUGACGUCAUAGUGCUCAGACAAGUGGUCUCCAACUUCACGUUCAACUACGUCCAUGACAACACGGGUAUGAGAAUACUCGAAGUUUCUGGCUUUGAUAAAGUGAGGCUGCCCAUCUAUCAGACAACUUCACACAAUGGGUUUUACAGGAACUACGCGUUAGACCGCGAAGGGCGUGCGACAGUGGUGGCUGGUACGGCCGGCCAACAUUACGUGGACAACAUCUUCUUUAACCCGGAUAAUGACUACGAAAUGAUCACUGUCAAUCGAUCCAUCUUUAUUGACUAUAAUCCCAAUAUAGUGAGCUCAUUGGAACUCUGGCGAACAAAAAUAGACGCAAAGUUUAACUUUUGGAGCUACAACGAAUCUUUAGCGGUCGCAGGACGAAUUCGCGACCAAUCAGACAAUCCUCUAUUGCUUGAAGUCGACUAUAGACCGUAUUAUAUGAAUAAUCAGACUGUCCUUGGUGGAGGCAAGUGUCCGCCAGGGUGGGAUUAUGUGGCUGGUACUUGCUACAUGUAUAUUGGUGCCCCUAUGAUGUAUGAGGAGGCUAGAUUGUUCUGUCUGUCGGACAACGCAUCGAUGCCGUACGUGUCAGGCAACUACGCAGCUCUAUACGAGUUCAUCAAACGACAGAACCAGUGGUUCCAGUACGGUGAACGCGUGUGGGUAAACCACAUUGAUUACGUCACUCAGUGCACCUCCUUCGCCUUCUCAUCCAUUGAAAUUACUGACUGUCGACAGAAGAAUCCUUUCAUAUGCGAGAUUGAUCCGAGGAUCACGAUAGACCGAAUGUCAUGGCAGACGGACGUGUUAGCUGUGGCUUUCAUUGGGAUGCUGGCCGCAGCCGUGUUGCUCAUUGGUGCCGCGUUAAUCUGCUGGUACUCCAAGUCUAAACACAGGCACCUUCAAAGACUGGAGAGGCGUAAUUCAAUCCGGCAGUCUAUGGCAAGUCUCAACGGAUUUUCAGAUACAGCUUAUAGGAGAAAGAUGGCGCAAAUGAGCACACGAUCCACAGAAACGCUGACCAAAGGUUCGGAUUACAAAAAGAUGCUCGCCUCAACAACAUCAAUGGAAUCUAUGGAAAAGAGUCAAUUCAACUCAUCCUUGGAAGAUAAUCAAAGCUUCGACAUCUACGAGGCACACAACCCUAAUGCCAAUGUCAUGCCUCUCAAACACAGCACCUUUAUGAAGAAACCACCUACUCCUGAGUACUCUAUACCACAAAAUAAUAAUAGACCAUUCAAUAUAGCGUAUCGGAAUGAAGGAUAUAGGGACAACUCUGGUCCUGUAAGUGGAGCGCCUUCUAUGAAUACAGUUACUACUGAAGAACUACCCAUUAUUCACCAUCCAGGUGGUCUGCAGUCCCCGCAAGACGACGACACGUUAUCUCCUAAUAGCGAUUCCCAGUAUUUUACUUCUGAUACAUUACCUUUGCGUGGGGCAGACAAGGAUGAAACAUUAGCGUUGAAAAGAGAGUUAGAAAGAGAAGGAAAGAUAUUCGGGCCGUAUGGAACAUCUAACUAUGGAGGGCAGCCGAAACUAUCUUUCCUCAUGGAGUUACGAUCUAAAAUGCCGGAUCAGCCGCAAGCGGGCGCUGUGCCUGCGACUACGUUUGGACAGAGGAAAAAUAUUUCAGACCAGCAGCAGUACUAUGAAGAUAAUCUACCUAGCCCUCCGCAUCCCCCAAUAUACUCGAAUUACUCAUCCCCCUCCGAGAACAUUCCGAGUUACGACUCAAGUCCUCGCGACCUCUCUCGAUCCUUCGACGAUUCGCCAACUCCAGAUUUCCACGGGCGAUCGAAGUCUGAAGCACUGCUAGAAACGAAUUUCGAUUUCGAGGACAGCGAUGCGAGUCCAAUACCUUUAAGUGAAGCUAACCGGUCGUACAGCCAACCCUUGGAGACCGCAAUGUGAUUUGGAAAUAACGAAUUUUCGAAAAUAUCGGAUGAAACUCAUGAUUUUAAUGAGUAGUUUUGCACGUACUUAAUAGCCGUCGGAGAGUUUCUUCCAGUAAACUUCGGUAAUAACAUUUGAAAACGGACUACGACAUUAGAAACCAAAAACUUUUCUUGGAACAUCGUCUAUGGGUCUCCUUUAUAUGAAUAUGGGUUUUCUUAGAAAUAUUUUUGUUAAUAUAAAACUCACAUAACGCAAAGUGAAGUUUUCCGUUGUUAAUGACCAAGUUACCAGCAAUGGAAGAGGAAAAAUUAUUCAUGCUACAUAAUAAGGUAACGUAGCAGGAUUGUUUGUUUCCCUUACAAAAUCAAUAUAGCGGACCGGUAAAGUACGAGAAAAAGAAAUACUGUACGAGUAAGAAAUUUUGUAGUUGUAACAUCGCAUUUGGGAAGCAAUAAAGCGGGUAACUGCCAAAAGUGCCUUACAGGACAGAUCAAAUAGGUAGUUUCAUAUUGUAGAAAGUGUGGAAAAUACGAAAUUUAAUUUCUAUCUAGUGUAAAAAUGUUGAAAGAAAGUCGUAUAUAUAGUUAAGCAAUGAAAAGACUGAACGAUUGUCUUGAUCGACUAGGUUUGUAUUAUUUUCACGCAUUUACAUAUCCAAAAUGUAUUUGUCUUUUUAUAAAUGUAUUCCUUGCAUUUAAGUUCCAAAAAGAAAUUGAGUGACGUUAUUUGAUAUAAGUGCGUGUUAAAAUGAAGUUUAAAGAUGGCUAUUUCAACGUUUAUGUCCAAUAUUUUGAAGACAAUAUAUUGAUAAAAGUUAGGACUAAAUAACGCAUAAAAUUACCACAAAUACACGAUCUCAUAAAGUAGGUAAUUAAACUUUUUAUUUCGGCGUU